CUGCGCCCUGCUCUUCCUGUUCUCAGCUUCCGUCCUCUCAGCUUCCUUACAGCACCCCCACCUGCCAGAGUGGAACGUCCCCAGCUCUUACCUAGCCUCACGUCGGCCCUCAGUCUGUCUGGCUGCGCAAGUUCCUUUACCCCCAAUGAGAGGAGGGUUGGAUCCAGGUCUCUUAAGAGCUGAAGGUUGAGGGCACCCAGCCUACGCGUAGACUGUCACCUGUGCCCCGAAGACACUUGUACCCUCUUAUGUGGAGCCGAGAUGGGGAACGGGACGGAGGAAGAUUAUAACUUUGUCUUCAAGGUGGUGCUGAUCGGCGAGUCCGGCGUGGGCAAGACCAACCUGCUAUCCCGCUUCACGCGCAACGAGUUCAGCCACGACAGCCGCACCACCAUCGGGGUGGAGUUCUCCACGCGCACCGUCAUGCUGGGUACCGCCGCCAUCAAGGCUCAGAUCUGGGACACGGCCGGCCUGGAGCGGUACCGAGCCAUCACCUCGGCGUAUUAUCGUGGUGCCGUGGGGGCCCUACUGGUGUUUGACCUCACCAAGCACCAGACCUACACCGUGGUGGAGCGCUGGCUGAAGGAACUCUAUGACCACGCCGAGGCCACCAUCGUCGUCAUGCUCGUGGGCAACAAGAGUGACCUCAGCCAGGCCCGGGAGGUGCCCACUGAUGAGGCACGCAUGUUCGCUGAAAACAAUGGACUGCUGUUCCUGGAAACCUCAGCCCUGGACUCCACGAAUGUGGAGCUGGCCUUCGAGACAGUCCUCAAAGAGAUUUUUGCAAAGGUGUCCAAGCAGAGGCAGAACAGCAUGCGGCCCAACGCCAUCACCUUGGGCAGUGCUCAGGCUGGACAGGAGCCCGGCCCUGGUGAGAAGAGGUCCUGUUGCAUCAACCUCUGACCUAAGCUGGCACCAGCCCUGACCCCCAACCCCACACCAGCUGCAGGACCUUCCCUGCCCUGCGGUUCCAGAUGCCAGCGUGCCAGUUCCCUGUUCACAGCCUCACAGAGUUCUGAGGUCUUCACGCCCCCGUCACUCUAUUAUCUGCACCCUCACACACAGACUAAGGCCCUCAAAUAAACUGUUUUGUAUCGA